CCAGUCAGAAGGACUAGUGUCUCUCUCCCCAGCUUCAGCUCUGCCCACUGUCUGGCCUGCUCUGCCUCAGGAAAGGCACCAUGCUGCUCUGGGUGGCUCUACUGCUCUGUGUUUCCAUGACUGAAGGUCAAGAGUUGUUCCAGAAUCCUCAGCUGAGCCAAUAUAUCUCCUCGGAAUUGAGUGAUGUGAUCCUGAAGUGUAUGGUAAAGGUGGACCCCAAGAAGCCAGCUGUACAGCUCUUUUACUCUUUCUACAAGAACAAUGAGCUCGUUCAAGACAGGAGUCAGAACCCAGUAUUUUCCACAGAAGUCAAGGAGGAAAACUCUGGGCAUUACCAGUGUGUAGUAGACACUGAGAAUGGCAUAAUUCAGAAAAAAAGUGGCUACCUAGACAUCGAAUUCUGGACUCCUGUAUCCCAUCCAGUGCUCACUCUGAAACAGGAAGCCACUAACCUCACAGUGGGAGACAAGGUGGAGUUUCUCUGUGAGGCCCAGAAGGGCUCCCUUCCAAUCUUUUACUCAUUCUACAUUGAUGGAGAAAUCCUAGGGAAAGCCCUGGCUCCCUCUGGCAGAGCUGCCUCCCUCCUCGUCUCCGUAAAGGCAGAGUGGAGUGCCAAGAACUAUUCCUGUGAAGCUAAAAACAACAUCUCCAGAAGAAUAAGUGAGCCCAGGAAGUUCCCCUUGGUUGUCUCAGGUGCUACCCAGACCAAGAACAACAUGCUAAGUAUCUGGCUCCCUGCAAGCCUGUUUGGCGGGAUGGUCAUUGCUGCUGGAGUUCUAAUUUGUUUCUUCAAACCCUGUAAGAAAGAUGCCAGACCUGAGACGCCGACCCCAACAGACCCAGACUAUCUUCUCUAUGCACUGGUGGAUAACAGGAGAUAUAAGUGAGAUUCCCAUCAACGAUCUGGAUCCAAACACCAGGACCUGCCAAGAUCCCCUUGGCCUUUACAAUGAUGCUUUCUAUUAGUGCAAUGUCUUCCUCCAGCAUAUACCCAUCUCCAGCCUCCAGCCUCCAGCCUCCCAGCCUCUGGCCUCCAGCCUCCAGCCUCCCAGCCUCCCAGCCUCUGGCCUCCAGCACUCUGCAAUGCUUUCAAGUUCUCUCUGUGGAUCACCCUGUUCCUAGCUCAGCGAGGAUGUCUCGGUGCCCUAAUCCUGGCAAGGAGCUCCUGAACUGUGGGUUCUCUUCUGAGCGGAAACCAGGCAAUGGUGUGGGAAUGAAAAAUUCCCACCUUGACACACACACACACACACACACACACCAGUUCCAGACUUAACAUUGUAUACACAGCCACAGAGAUUUUCUUUCAGUACAAAUGGAAAGGGUUUUACUUCCAGAUAGACAGACACACAGAUAGAUAGGUGAUUUAGAUGAUAGAUAAUAUAUAGAUUAGAUAGAUAAUAGACAAUAGAUACAUGAUAGGUAGAUAGAUGACAGAUAAACAGAUGAUAGAUAGAUAAAUAGAUACUAGGUAACAUGACAGAUAAGUUGAUACAGGUAAAAUACAAAAUAACUAAAUACAGAUAGAUAUGUAUAUGUGUUUGGAGAUAAAUGGACAGAUAGAUUUUUAUAUAGAAAGAAAAUAUACUUGCCUUUAUCCUGAAAAGAAAGCUCUGACUAUGGGACAAACAGGCCUCUCAGAAGUUCAACAAGACCAAGGUAAACCAGCACAUGGGCCGCACAUACAGUGUCAUAGAAUCUUGCCAGGGGGUCAGUGCCAUGAAGGCAGCAAGAACUCUGCCUUCCCCUGGGAUUCUGAGCACGCCCAGUUCAGAAACAGACCUCAGUUCACUCAAAGCUCCAGGCUACAGAGGGCCCCAGAAAAGUUGGUCACUGAUUUCACGAUUAAAAAGUGGAUGUAAAAUCUAGUUGGUUAAAAGAAGUAAGUCCGUUUGUUUUGCGUUGCUCCUCCCUCUCAUGUACAGCACCCGGCAGUUCAGUGCUGGUCUGAGGGGUCCACACUCAGUGAAGGAAGCUCCCUUAGGCCCUGGCCCAGCUCUACUGCUUCCUGUUCUGAAUCACACACAGCAGAGUCUGCCUUGCCUGUGAAAGAAACCUCUUCCAGGUGGCACCCCAGACCUGCUAACAUCUUAUAUAGUAGUUCCCCAGGCUCUCCAAUAUCAAAGGCAUCAAGGUUACCUGGGUACUUAAUAGAAAUGCAGCCAUACAGACCAACCCCAGAUUUUGUUCGGUCAAAAAUCUGCAUUUCAGUAAGAUCCCUGGGCAGCUUGCAAGUACUUUCAAAGGGGCUGAUCUGUUUACAAGAGACUUUAUGGAAGUCCCUAGCCCCUGCCUGUCCUUGACCUAUCAGCCAUCCAGUUCAGGACCAGGAAAUACCAAGCCCCUCAUGGCCACUUACCAGAGAGCCUGCUGAGAAGACUGAACAGCUCAAGACAGACCAUCUAUAGGCAGAGGACCUCCAUGGGCCAGCCAGAGUAUAUUUGCAGACCCCAAACCAUUACUACUCACUCAAGAGAAAAACAACCCCCUCAUAUAAAGAUCAAAUCACAGACAUAUCAGCUCAUGGGGCACGACUGUGGCUAAUGCUCAGGCUGCCUCCAGCCCUUCCCAGGGAGCCAGAGGGCCUCCUUCCUGAGUUGCUCGCUUCCCGCCCUUACUACACCAGGAACCCAGACUAGCGCCAGCCUGAAUUGCUUUCAAAAAAUCUGUGACAAGCACAAAAAUCACAGCAAAUAUUUAGAAACUUUUAUAGCAAUCUGACAGUAAUUGUAUGUUUGUUUAAUAGAAUCAUAAAAUUAGAGUUUGUCUUUUGUAGGUAUGCCUUUUUUUAUUCUGUUUUUCUAGUUAUUUGCUUUUAUUAUAGUCUACAAAAGUACAGGUCCACAAUGGGUUGUAAAGGAAAACAGGUUGUUUGGCUCAGAUGACGGAGAGGCUAAACAUACACACACACACACACACACACACACACACACACUCCUGCCUGCUCAGGAACUUUUUGUCCUCACUAGUAUCUGUCUUCACAGAUCUAUGUACACAGCUGAAAACCUUUUCCAAAAAAUAAAAUAAA